AAUGUUUCACCAGGGGUUCGAAUUCUAGCAGCAGCGAUCCGAUCGCAGUCCCUCGACUCACAGUGGAGCAGAAGCACAGCUGAGCUGCCUCCCGCGCUGAGACAAAUUCUUCGCAGUCGGCGACAGGCUCGCUGAAUUAGUCGAGCCGGCUGGUCGGUCUGAUCUAUCUGUCCGUCUGUCCUCGUCUUUGUCGUCGUUCAUGGUUACAGUCAGCUGCAGAUUUCUCCUGACGCUAUGCGGUAGCUUGGCCACAUCACCAGCGUCGCUGAGACGAAGUGCCGUGGACUUUUCAUCGGCUGUGGAAUUUCCGGGUCAGGGAGUGUGUGCGGAUUUUAGGUGUCAUCUGCGUGGGCGGAGCAUGUCUUCAACUCCGAAGAGGAAAGCGAGGGUGCUGCAACCUUCCAUAAAAUCUGCGCUGGCUGGGACGAAAAAGGAGAUAGAGGAGUUAGAGCCGGCUGUGAAGAAAUUGCACCAGGAUGUUAAAAAGGUUGCCAAAUCUGAAGGUGAACUGGACAUUGUGAAUGUCAGGAGCGAAUUUAAAGUCGUUGAAGAGGUUCACAAGAGCAGGGUGCGUGUUCUGAAGGAGGGUGAUGGCACUAGGAAGGGGCCGAUUUUGUACUGGAUGUCCCGAGACCAGCGAUCUCGGGACAAUUGGGCUUUACUUUAUGCUGUACAGGAGGCCAAGAAGAGAGGAGUUUCCGUGGCCGUUGUGUUCAACCUAGUGGACAAUUUUCUGGAUGCCAAGGCUCGUCACUUCGGGUUUAUGUUACGGGGACUUCGCGUUGUGGAGAAGAACCUCCAGGCUGUCGAAAUUCCCUUCUUCUUGUUCAGGGGAAAAGCUCAAGAAACUAUACCUGCAUUUGCGGAGGAAUGCGGUGCAUCUGUGGUGGUGAUGGAUUUUUCACCUAUGAGGAUAGGGCGUGUGUGGCGAGAGGAGUUGUGUGCUAACUCAGGUCCUUCUGUUGCGGUCCACGAAGUAGAUGCACACAAUGUUGUCCCGGUUUGGGAAGCUUCUCCCAAAUUGGAGUAUGGGGCACGCACUAUCAGGACAAAAAUUCACAAGCUUCUCCCUGAGUACCUGACAGAUUUUCCUAUCCUCAAGAACUCCGGCCAACAGUGGACCUCUACCCCUCCUCCUCCAGUGAAAUGGGACGAAUUGAUUGAUGAUGUUCUAAGUAUUGGUGCAGAAGUUCCAGAGGUUGAUUGGUGUGUGCCUGGGGAGGAUGCAGCCAUGGAGCAUCUUCUUGGCUCCAAGAAUGGUUUCCUCACAAAACGACUUGCGAAAUACGAGUUUCGCAAUGAUCCAACCAAGACGAGUUCUUUGUCCAACAUUUCGCCCUAUUUGCAUUAUGGUCAAAUUGCUCCGCAGCGGGCUGCAUUAGAGUGUCGAAAUCAUCGCAAACAGCACCUUAAGAUGGCCGAUUCCUUCUUUGAAGAACUUGUGGUAAGACGUGAGCUGUCAGAGAACUUUUGUUAUUAUCAACCGAAUUAUGACAACGUAAAGGGUGCAUGGGACUGGGCUCAAAAGAGUUUGAGGGAGCACGCAUCAGAUAAAAGAGAGUUCGUUUACACGCAAGAACAAUUGGAAAAAGGCAAAACCCAUGAAACUCUCUGGAAUGCCGCCCAGCUCGAAAUGGUCCACUAUGGAAAGAUGCAUGGAUUUAUGAGAAUGUACUGGGCGAAGAAGAUUCUUGAAUGGACAGAAAGUCCAGAAGAAGCACUACGUAUAGCAAUCUAUCUCAACGAUAAGUAUGAACUUGACGGCAGGGAUCCAAACGGUUACGUCGGAUGUAUGUGGUCCAUUUGCGGCAUUCAUGAUCAGGGUUGGAAAGAGCGUCCUGUUUUCGGGAAAAUCCGCUACAUGAAUCUGGCAGGCUGUAAGAGAAAGUUCAAUGUAGACGGAUACGUAGCCUAUGUUGACAGAUUAGUUAGUUUAGCGAAGAAAAAGGCUAAAGAUUCUGUUAAAAUUGCAGCCGCUCACAAGAUGUCGUGAGCAUUUUAUAAAGUACGUGCACCGACUUCUUAUCGUUGUCCUCUUGCUUGCGAGACAUUUGAAUGGUUCUGUGGCAUCUACACUAGAUUGCUAAUGGCUUUUUCACGGAAGCUCAUCUUUUAUCUUCCCACGACUAGUUUGAAGAGUCUCG